GCGCGGCGGCUGCAGACGCGGUCGCGGGCGCGGAGCUGUUCGGCGGGACCCGGCCGGACGGGCGCCGGGGGAGCCUCGCGCGGUCCCUCCCGCCGAGACGCGGAACCGGCGGGGGCCUGGCACCAGAAUCGGGUCGCGGCCGCUCCAGCGAGAGCCUGCCCCCUGCUGGCGGGACCACGGCUGCAGGCCGCCCACCUGACCGUCCGGGAAGAUGAGCGCCUGUGGGAGGAAGGCGCUGACCCUGCUGAGCAGCGUCUUUGCCGUGUGCGGCCUGGGCCUCCUGGGCAUCGCCGUCAGCACCGACUACUGGCUGUACCUGGAGGAGGGCGUGGUCCUGCCCCAGAACCAGAGCACGGAGAUCAGGAUGUCCCUGCACUCGGGCCUGUGGCGUGUCUGCUUCCUCGCAGGUGAGGAGCGCGGACGCUGCUUCACCAUAGAGUACGUGAUGCCCAUGAACAGCCAGCUGACGUCCGAGUCCACGGUCAACGUUCUGAAAAUGAUUCGCUCGGCCACACCGUUCCCUCUGGUCAGUCUCUUCUUCAUGUUCAUUGGGUUUAUCCUGAGCAACAUCGGGCACAUCCGUCCGCACAGGACCAUCCUGGCCUUUGUCUCCGGCAUCUUCUUCAUCCUCUCGGGCCUCUCUCUGGUGGUGGGCCUGGUGCUCUACAUCUCCAGCAUCAACGACGAGAUGCUCAACAGGACCAAGGACGCGGACACCUACUUCAGCUACAAGUACGGCUGGUCCUUCGCCUUCGCUGCCAUCUCCUUCCUCUUAACAGAGAGCGCAGGCGUGAUGUCCGUGUACCUGUUCAUGAAGAGGUACACCGCCGAGGACCUGUACAGGCCUCACCCCGGCUUCUACCGCCCGCGGCUGAGCAACUGCUCCGACUACUCAGGCCAGUUCCUGCACCCAGACGCCUGGGUCCGGGGCCGCAGCCCCUCCGACAUCUCCAGCGACGCCUCGCUGCAGAUGAACAGCAACUACCCAGCCUUGCUCAAGUGCCCCGACUACGACCAGAUGUCGUCCUCGCCCUGCUGAGCUCACUGCCUACCCCCCUCCCCUGACCCCGUCCCCCCACUCCCCCCACUCCCCCCCACCGCCCCCCCGGGACCGUGGAUGGCCAGAGAGCCUCUCCUGGGCUCGCCCCUGCUGGCCUGUGCGCCCUGGGCCCAGCCCGUGGUGGACAGGCCAAGGCCGCCCCCACGCUUAGCUGUUGUCACAUGACCAUGUUGUCUCCCUGCUUCCCCCAGAAUGUCUCUAACUGGCCCCCAGUGGUGUCAGGAGUCCAGAGCCAGUGGGCAAGCCGAUUGGCAGAGAGCAUGGGUGUAGCCCCGCCUCUUGAGUGCCAAUCACUCCAGCCGCUCUCCCCUUUCCUGGGACAGGUGGGUGUCUAGCCGUGUAUUCAUCCCUGCACACCCAACUGCAUGGCCCCAGGCCAAGGCCAGCUCUGGGACGCCAAGCUCCUUCCACACCCCCAGCUGGACGUGUGUCUGCCAGUGGGCCUGGCCCUCACAUUCAUGAUCUGGCCCACCGGACAAAAGGUGACUGAUAGGGCGGUCUGGCUGGUUCUGCGUUGCCAAGCAGUGUCCUUGUGAAAUCUUUUAUUCUUUUUGUCACCACGUCCCUCCAUACAACACACCCAUCUGUGCUGUCCCCUCCCUCUCUGCCCACAGACUGUGACUCCUCCUCCCACCAGAACUCAGCUGCCCAUCUUGGUCCCCAGGGGCUGAAGGCGCUCUGAGGCCACUCUGACGAAGUCACAAGGAGGUGUGAACGGCUGAUGAUGUCUUACUAUGUAUGGCCCCUCCCUCCGUGACAUAUUCAACAGGGGUCUUUCAUGCCUUAACCCCAAGAAGUGACUCUGAUGAUGAGAAUUUUGCUGGUCCGAGUGAAUAUUCCCAGGCGCUGUUUCAGGCCCUGGGGAUACUGCCCCUGCUCACAGGGGCCUCACUUCCAGCCCACGGCCCUAACAUCGAAUCAUGGGGACAGAUGUCUGUACCACCCGCAGAAGGCAGCUUGCGAGGAGGCUGCGUGGGAGUUGGAGCUGCAUUUGCUGACACCUGGUGCAUUUUGAGUCUGAACAAGCCAGGCUGGGACUCCAGCGUCUCUCCUGAGGAUGUCUGAGAACAUUGGGGGGUUGCCAGUCGAACCCUAAUAGAGGGUCUGCUUCCUGGGUAUGGGACCUGUGUAGGCAUAUAGGUGCCCCCAGAAGGCAAGGCGGCAUGAUGCCCAUUUUCCUGGUAGGAAACCUGGGCUAGGACGUGGGAGGCACCGACGUGAAGUCCACGGGGCGGAACACGGUGGGAGCACCUCUGUGGGCGUCACACCUCAGUUCUCGGGGGUCUCAUCCGGGCGGCUUGGAUCUGAGGUUUUGACUAGUGAAACUGCCGGCUGCCUGCACGUCUCUGCCCUGCCUGCUUUCCGCUCUUCCGCGCUCUAAGGUGGCAUUGUUCUGGGCACAAGGCUACAGUGGCGCCUCGUGGGCUCUGAAAAGUUGUACAGAGACGUGCACGUGACGUGUGCAGCCUUCCAAAGGGCAGUGGUUUGGGUUUUUGUUGGUUUUUUUUGUUUGUGUUUUUGCUCAGCUGCCAUAACAAAAUGCCACAGACUGGGCGGCUUAAAGGGCAUAUGCUUUUCUCACAUUCUGGAGGCCAAGAGUCCGAGAUCGAGGAGUCAGCAGGUCGGGCUUGGUCUGAGGCCCCCCUUGGCUUGCUGAUGGCCACCCGCUCGACCAUGUCCUCCCGUGGUCUUUUCUCUGCACGCGUGGUGUCCACACCCCCUCUUUUUAAGGACCCCACCCCCAGAUCGCACGUGUCAGCUUCCUGGAGAAAACCCCAGGUUGCCCUCGUGUGUGACUUCAACCCUUGCCUAUGAACCAGUAGUAACUCUAAACCCAACUCUCCCUCCGUUGGCACCUGUGAUGGCUGUUGUGUCUUUGGCUACUGUUUACGGAAUAACAUGGAAACCGCGUUCUCCCUGCAGCCAAGGGACCGGCGAGAGUCCCUGGAGACCAGUAGGUAGCUUUUCCCAGCCGGGUGGGCUGGUGUGUAGCUAUGCUCUCCUACAGCUUUCGCCACGGGAAUUAGCUCACAGGAUGCACUUUCCUCGCCCUCCCGCGCCCUUUCUCUGUCACUGCGCCAGGCUGGUUUGUGUGCGGGGAGGAGAUAGACGCCCCUCGCCCGGGCGAUGGUUGGCUGUCCCAGCUUUAGGGUGGGCCCUUCGUGGCCUGGAUGCUGAGCUGCUCAGUGAAGCAGCUCUGACCCUGGGAACGUGCAGUUCACACUCAUCUUAGGAACUGAGCGCCUCCUCAGGCACUGCGCGGCCAUCACAGUGGCCUUUCCAUCUAGGACAGUGGUCGGCAAACCACGGCUCCCGAGCCACAUGCGGCUCUGUGGCCCCUUGAGUGUGGCUCUUCCACAAAAUACCACGUGCGGGCGCGCACGUACAGUGCGAUUGAAACUUCGUGGCCCAUGCGCAGAAGUCGGUUUUCGGCCUGGGCGAGUCCAUUUUGAAGAAGUGGCGUUAGAAGAAGUGGGGGUACGUUCGCUGAGGUCGACCCCUAGAAUGAGGACGUUUUUAGCAAAGGCCAGCUUAGGAGCACCCUAAUUAAGUUAAUAACAAUGUACCUACCUAUAGAGUUUAAGUUUAAAACAUUUGGCUCUCAAAAGAACGUUCAAUCCUUGUACUGUUGAUAUUUGGCUCUGUUGACUAAGGAGUUUGCCGACCACUGGCCUAGGACGUCAUCUCAGAGCGGAACCCUACUCGCCGCCUCUCCACAAUCAAGAGGAUUUGAUCAACCAUUAAAGUAUAUAAACUCAGCUCUGAGAUCAUGAAUUAGGGUCCCUUCCCCAGUACACUUUCGGAUCUUUUGUUUCCUAAGCUCUUCAAAAAAUACAUGGAUGAGCGCUUUUCCUUUUCACCCUCAAAAAGUGGGAGGGGAAACUCAUACACCAAAGUCUGAUGAAUUUUUGGAAUAAAACCACUGAGGGUUACCAGCCAUCGGGAUGUCGGUUCCCUCCCACCUGGAACUCGCCACCCUCCUUCUUGCCUCAGGUGUGAGUCGGUGAUGCCUCAGCACCCAAACACCAGGAGAUGGCCUGCAGAGGAAGGGUCCGUUUCAGCUGUGCACCGAGGUGAGGGAGGAGUUACGGGCAGAUCCACACGUGUCCCCGGUGUCAUGGGGAUGUUCCAGAGCCACACAUGGGGAGAGGCCCCUCCUCCGUGUUUGGGUAACUCUCCUUUCUCCCUAAGUACACAUGCUGUGUCCAGGCUUUGGAGAAACAGCACCAACAGAA